ACAGUUCACAGAUUUGCCAGGAGUCCAUCUCUUCGCAUAUCUCUACCACCACUGGUGUGAAGUUACUGCGACUGUUACCAUAGUGGAUUACAGAUGGGUAAAACAUUGAAAAUAGUUUGAUAAAUGCACUUUAUUUAUUUGUAUCACAUGGGAUUUUAGAAAGUGCGCAGCGGAUUGUUUUAUUGGUUUUCCCUGAAACGUCGGGAACAGAACACAGGCAAGUGGAAACUCCUUAUACAUAUCAAGUAUGUGUAUUGAAGACGUGUGGAAUAUUUUACAGAGAAAUUGAACUGUCUAUAAAGAUUUUUAAAAAGACUCGAGUUCGAGUAGGCAACUCUUCGUCAUGGACGCGUGAGGUGAAGCUACACGGUGCGGUGAUCUACGAGGGACACUCGGGCAAAAUCUAUAGCCUAAACCAUCCUCGGGCUUUUAGGUGUGGUCUGUACAGGGCAGGGGUGAAUACUUGGACCUCUAACUAUGAAAUUAAUCAGUCGUCCAACGUCUUCAUUUAGGCUUUUCCAAAGACACAUCUAGUUAUGGGUUGAGGAGGAUGAGGUGGAGACUGCAGGGAUAGUCUAUGUGGGAGGGAACAUGGUAUGUUUUCUAUUAUAUAAUCUUUGACAAAACUGCUUAUUAGUGGGAGAACUUAACACGCCAAUUUCCCUGACCCCGUUUUCCCUCCCCUCUUCAUCGGGGGAGACAGAAAACUUUUUGUGAUCAUUAAUAAUUUGGGGGAGAAUCGACCUGUUUUCAGACAAAUUGGCUGUUGAAAUGAUAACACAUCUUGACUGAAGUUGACAAGGAGAACACUGGGCUCUAUGACAAGAGUCACUGGUGUGUAUAAUUUUUUAUUUCACUGAUCUUGUAUUACACAGUAACCCCCUCUGUCUGCCUCUCCACAGGAGAGGGGAAUAUUGAAUUACCAAGAUGGCUAAUGUGCAUUUAUUGUUUCAGAUUUCAACUAUACCUCUCUGUCUCUUUUUUCUGUGCCUUGAUCCGUCUCUCUUUUUUAUUGUUUGAUUUUGGUUGAUCAUUUGGAAUGACACCUGAUGCCCAACGUCCUGGAUUUCCAUCUUCCAUCAUCCUUCAAGAUGCUGAACCUAAAGACACUAAGCAUUCAGCUAACCACACUCAGUUUUACCCCUUACUUUGUUUUCGCCUUUGCACUGUUCUCUUGGUGAAGCCACCUUUUGUGGACGUAGAACAACCCCAUCUUGCUUUGAGAUACUGUGAUAUGUAAUCGAUUGAGAAACUGUCGACACAUUGUUGUGUCCCUUGCCGUCUCUGAAUCUCUUUAAAGGCUUUUUUUGCGUAAAGUGGAAAGGGACAAAAACAAUCCCCAAGUUAAUUUUCCUCCAGCCCCCCUGUCCGUCCUCCCCUCUCCCCCCCACUCAUCAGGGCUGGUGGGGGGGGUGGGAUCUGGAGCUCCAGGGUCGUAACGGCGGAGGUGGUGUUACCCUGGAGCCUCCUUGUAGCAAAGCCUCACAUCAUGGAGACCAGUCCAGAGAGCCCCAACCGGGCCGUGGAGUACCUCCUGGAGCUCAACAACAUCAUCGAGAGCCAGGCCAAGCUCAUGGAGACACAGCGGCGGCGCAUCGAGGAGCUGGAAGGUCAGCUGGACCGAGUCAGCCAGGAGAACCAGGACCUGAGACUGGAGAAACCCACUCCUCCACGAGCCCCGGAGCUCCCCGAACAGAACCACAGCAACACCAACCACAGAGCAGAGCAGCCCCUCUCCCUGCCCAUCCACCCUGGCAGCAGUAGUGGAGGUAGUGGCAGCACCCCCAGCCCCGUCACCGCGCCACCCCCUGUGGUGGUACCCCCUGCGGGGCCGAGCCGGGAGAGACGUGCCCACACCAGGCUGACCCGGGGCAUGUCCUGUGGCUCGAACCCAGCCGAGCGGGAGCAGCAGGAGAGACUGGACCACACAGACAGCUCUGACACCAACAGCUCCACCAUCCGCAGAAAUGUCAGGCAGUCACCAUCUUACUCAAGCUAUCCAAUCUCUGCUCCCACAAGCCCUACUGCAGCCAGCCCCUAUGCCACCCUCCUCCCCACCAGUCUGACUGUUAACAGCUUCUUCAGCCUCCAUCAGUACUGCUGCCCCUCCUCGUCUGCCAAACACUCGCAGCAGGCAAGGUUUGGAUAUGGCUGGGAGCCAGGCGUAAAAAGGCCAUCUGAGUCCUCCUGUGUGAUGUGGCAGCCGCUGUUGGAUUUCCUGGAAGAUCAGGGCAUGAGGGGACUAUUGGGCUGGAUAGGAGGCUGGCUGCUUAGCCUGUCUGUACAUGUCUGUGUGGAGAGAUGCAGCUCUGUAGGCUACAUACAAUCCAGCAGGAGAAGUUUCCUGCCACGCCGGUCUAAUUUCUACAUUGUGGAAACAGAGACCCAGUGUGCGGAGCCACCCGGGGCCCACUCAGACGGCCCCUACAGCCAGACCACAGCGUACCUGCGUGGCACAGAGCGCUACAGUGACAGCAGCAGUGGUCCUGGUCCUCCAGGCCCUCGGGGGCCUCCGUGCGUGGCCCCUCCCAGCUCGGCAAGCCUUGCCUGGGCACUGCGAACACGCCAUCAGCCUGCCAGCCUGGCCCUCCGCAAGCAGGAGGAGGAGGAGAACAAGAGGUGCAAGGCCAGUCUCUCUGACAGCUAUGAGCUCUCCACAGACCUGCAGGACAAGAAGGUGGAGAUGUUGGAGAGGAAGUAUGGUGGCUCCUUUGUGAGCCGCAGAGCAGCCCGGACCAUCCAGACGGCCUUCCGCCAGUACCGCAUGAACAAGAACUUUGAGCGCCUCCGCAGCUCAGCGUCCGAGAGCCGCAUGACGCGACGCAUCAUCCUGUCCAACAUGCGGCUGCAGUACUCGUUUGACGACCGCCAGCCGCAGCAGCAGGGGACCGGAACACAGACAAACUUCACACACAGCGUGGGCAUCGGCCCUCCUCAUUCACCUGACACAGAGAGGACAGGAGACUACACACACCUGGAGGACUCCUUCACCAAACAGGUGAAGUCCCUGGCUGACUCCAUGGACACCGCCCUGACCUGCCGUAGCGGGCGGGAUGACUCCCAGGAAGACUUUGGGGAGUGUGUGUGGAGCAGCAGCAGUAACCCCUCCUCUCAGAGAGGCCUGUGUGAGAGACCCCGGGGAGGGGGAGGGGGCCUUAGCAUGCACGGAGACAGCACAGCCACCUCCUACAGUGAUGUCACUCUAUACAUGGACGACUGCAUGCCCUCCUCGCCCCUCUCACUGGACCGGGCCCCCAGCAGCACAGACACUGAGUACUGGGGCCCUGGGGGAGGCGUGGGGGCCCGUGAGGACAGCAGGGACACUGAGGGAGGGGGUAGCAGUAACAGCCGUCGCAGCACUCCCUGCACAGAGUGUCGAGACUACCGUCUGAGGGGCGCCCACCUGCCCCUGCUCACCAUCGAGCCUCCCAGCGACAGCUCCGUGGACAUGAGCGACCGUUCAGACCGUGGCUCCCUCAGCAGACAGAUCUACGAGCAGGAGCCAGCGGGAGGAGCAGGCUCUCCUCAGGGAACACUCAAACACUCCCCUAACACUCCCCGCUCUGUCUCUACAGCUGCAGCUCAGGGCCAGACCCGCGGCCCCGGCCGGGGCCCCCCCCUGCCCACUCAAAUCCCCCACCACGUGGCACACCACCAUCACCCACCCUCACCACCACCACCAGUACCCAGACACCCCCUCGUCCUCCUCUUCCCCCCAGCAGCCCCCCACCACCCCCCUGUCCUCCUCCUCCUCUGCUGCGCUGCCCCUGGUGGCCUGGAGCAGCCCUGUCUAUCUGACGGGGACAACGACUCUCUCAACUCCACCACCAACUCCAACGAGACGGUGAACUGCAGCUCUGGCUCCUCGUCUCAGGACAGCCUGAGGGAGCCCCUACCCCCUCUGGGCAAGCAGACCUACCAGAGAGAGAGUCGACACAGCUGGGACUCACCGCCAUUCAACAACGACGUGGUGCAAAGACGCCAGUACCGCAUCGGACUCAACCUAUUCAACAAGAAGCCAGAAAAAGGGAUACAGUACCUGAUCGAGAGAGGCUUUGUGUCCGACACUCCGGUCGGGAUCGCUCGCUUCAUCCUGGAGAGGAAGGGCCUGAGCAGACAGAUGAUCGGAGAAUUCCUCGGCAACCGGCAGAAACAGUUCAACAAGGACGUACUGGACUGUGUGGUGGACGAGAUGGACUUCUCAGGUAUGGACCUGGACGAUGCUCUGAGGAAGUUCCAGGCCCAGAUUAGAGUUCAAGGAGAAGCCCAGAAAGUAGAGAGGCUCAUAGAAGCUUUCAGUCAGCGGUACUGUGUGUGUAACCCGACGCUGGUCCGCCAGUUCCAGAACCCAGACACCAUCUUCAUCCUGGCCUUCGCCAUCAUCCUCCUCAACACGGAUAUGUACAGCCCCAACGUCAAGGCAGAGAGGAAGAUGAAGAUAGAGGACUUCAUCAAGAACCUCAGAGGAGUGGACAACGGCCAGGACAUUCCCAGGGAUCUGUUGGUGGGGAUCUACCAGCGCAUCCAGAAGUGGGAGCUAAGGACCAACGACGACCACGUGUCCCAAGUGCAGGCGGUAGAGAGAGUCAUAGUAGGCAAAAAGCCUGUGAUGUCUCUGCCACACCGCAGGCUGGUAUGCUGCUGUCAGCUCUAUGAGGUGCCUGACCCCACCCGACCCCAGAGGACAGGAGUUCACCAACGGGAGGUCUUCCUGUUCAACGACCUGCUGGUGGUGACUAAGAUUUUCCAGAAGAAGAAGACUUCUGUGACGUACAGUUUCAGACAGUCCUUCCCUCUGGUGGAGAUGCAAGUCCACAUGUUCCAGAACUCAUACUACCCCCAUGGAAUCCGUCUGACCUCAGCAGUGUUGGGUGGAGAGAGGAAGGUCCUUAUCGUGUUUAUGGCUCCCAGCCAGCAGGACCGCACCCGCUUUGUCAGUGACCUUAAAGAGAGUAUCGCUGAGGUGCAGGAGAUGGAGAAGUACAGAGUGGAGUCCGAGUUGGAGAAGCAGAAAGGCGUGAUGCGGACUGGCCUGCUGACCGGCUUGGUCGGAGGUGGAGUGGGUGUGAAGGGUGAGGUGGCGAACGGCACCCUGGGAAGGCCCAGUCUAGAUGACAACUACUCUGCGGGAGAGGGACUCAAACGCUCUGCGCUCAGCUCAUCUCUCCGAGACCUAUCAGAUGGAGGGAAACGUGGUCGCAGAAACAGUGUUGGCUCCCUCGACAGUACCAUGGAAGGUUCCAUCAUUAGCAGCCCCCAGCCGCACCAGCGUUACCCGGUUCCGGGCGUGGUCCCAGGCUGCUACCCUACAGAAGACUACCGGCCGCAUCGCCCCAUCCUGAGCCCCGGAACGGGGGUGGGGGGUGGGCCGGGGCAACAACACACCGCUGCUGGGACGGGAGUUGGGGGGGUUCCCAGCAGUGUAGAGAGAGCGGGGGUGGGGAGCGGCCCUGGGGGGGGCAAUACGGGCUCCUUCCUGGGCUCUCUAUUCGGCAGCAAACGCGUCAAGCCGCCAAGUCCCCUUAUACCACCGGGGCCACCCUACCCCGCCCCUGUCCCCCCACCCACUACGGGAGGGCCCCCUCCUCACUCCCCAUCAUCUCUGUGCCAAUCGGAGGGGGGCCCUUCCAAGAUCCAGGCCCUGCAUGCUCAGUACUGCCACACGGCCGCUGUGCAGCCCCCUCCUCCCUACUACCAUCACCAUCGCUACCACGUCCAAGCUGGCCCUCCUCCCUUGCCAGGCGGGGGCGUGCCCCCUCAUAUCCUUCAGAGAGGGCCGUUCCCCUGUCGCCCUCCUAUUGGCCCCCCUCACACCCAGCUCCAGCAGCUGGCCCAUCUCUCCCAGCUUUCCCAGCAUGGCAUGCAGGGUCGCUACAGCAACAUGGCGGUGGGCUGUCCUCCCCCCCUUUCUCCUCACUCCCAACAUUCUCAGAACCCCCAGUUCACCAUGUACCACACACAGCCCACACACUCUAUCAGGGCGGGCGCCAUGCCAGGCAAACCUCCUCUGACUUUGUCUCACUCCCACCCGCACCCCCACGCACACUCCCACACCCACCCCGGGCACCCCCUCAGUGCCGCGCCGCACCCCGCCCCCCACCCACAUCAAUCUCGCUUCAUCUUUGGCACGCUGCCCCACCAACAUCAGCAUCAGCAGCCGUCCGCUUCCGUCAACACCCAUCACGCUGUGCCCGCCGCCCAGUAUCAGCCCCUGUACCCUCCUCUCUCUUCUAUCCCCCCUCCCCCCCCACACUCCCCUUUACCCCCCCCUUCUACCCCCCUUAUCCCCCUUAUGCCUCUUUGCCCUCACCCCCCACAGCACCCCGGUCAGUCUCAGCAGGGCCCCCAGGUGACGGGACCUGGGGCGACUGGCACAGGGGGCAGCUCCAAAUCCAAACCUAUCAACCGGAUCAGCACGGUGGUGUGAGCAGCAGAACGUGGGGCCACAGAAGGCAGAGGUCAGAGGGCAGGAUGGAGGAAGGGGGCGGAGCUAGGGACAGGGAUAGAGCCAGGGCUUGUAGAGGUGAGCAGGACAGCAGCAGCAGUAACAACAGCGCCAGUGACAAGAAGAAACGCAACUUAUUUCGUCUCUGCUACUUUCACCUCCGCUUCCCACACAUGUAGACCGACAGAGCAAAGGAAAGAGAGUUGGAGCUAAAUGACAUGCAUAUAGCUGAACACAUACAAGACACACAGGAAGAAUAAACACACAUAAAGCAAUGCCCACGUAAAUGUAGUUUCUCAGGUGAACUCUAUCAGCUCUCAGCACACAAACUCAUAAGGGAGAGUCACAGGUCGGCGCAAUGAUGUUGAAGUUGGCGGCAGGCAGGAAAAACCAUUAAAACACACACACACACACAAAAUCAACAGUUUCUCUAGCCAUAGAACUGAUGCUGGUUGUAAAUGUACAGUAGAGGGCCUGUACCCAGUGUUUCACUGUCUGAAGUAUUAUUUGAAACUCUGGACUUUGCCAAGACAUGAGCUUGAGAGUGUUUUAAACAUAAAGCACCAACAUGUAAUCGUGCAACGUUAUGAAUGGUGGCAAAUCUGACGAUGAAAACACGCAAGAUUUGGUUCUGGUGUUGUUGAGAUAAGGACAUUGCUGACCAACAGAAAGACCAUCUCCACCCACCUGGAUAUGGAAAAAGACUUCACCACUAAAUACAUUCCAGCAGGGUUGUGCGUUGUAAACAGCCAUUGAGGAUAGUUGCAAAAAGAAUCCCCUCGAUUUUGCAAUAAUCUAUUCAGCUUCAUAAUAAGUUUGUCAAUUACCACGGCAGGUCUUCAUCACUGAAAGGUAUCCUUUUUUAAAGUAGACCUCAGAGACAUUUGCUUUGUCUUCAGAUUUUAUGACUCACGGUUCAAUGGCAGUCUUAGGCUCUAUGGUCUUUUACAUGUAAAGAGAAGUCAGCUGGUUUCAUAGGAUUUACAUGCAUUCCCUAUAGGGUGUGUGGAUUAAUGAUGCUACCAAUAAUAUUUUUGAAUGUUUUUAAGCUUUUUUGCUGUUGUAUAAAUGUUACAUAUGUAAUUGCUGAGUAUGAUGAAUAUUGUCUACUAACAUAACUGUUUUGAUCCAGUGAUUAAUUAGAUAUUACAGAUGUUUGAUUGAUUUUUAAAAAUGGAUUAUACAGAGGAUAUAUACACUUAUUCAUUCCCUCAUACUUGUAUGUAAUGAGGGUGUUAUAAAGUGUGAUUUAUUUUUGUUCUCUAUGAUGGUUGCCAUUGAUAACUUCUAUUUUCAGUUAUUAUUAUUGAAUGUUAAAAAUAUUAGUUCAUAUUUAGGACAAUUUUUGUUCUCAGAGAGUUGUGUACCCUAUAGGAGACUGAUGAUUGUGUGAACUAGUAGUUGCACAAUGUCCAAAACAAAAUGGUUAAUUGGAGUCAAAAUGCAUAUGAAUAAAUAUGCUUUCCCACCUCAGACCCCUCUGAAAGAUCCCCUUAUAAGGGCUUUGACCUUUUACCUGCUCAUGGACAAUGAUCCUCAUUUCAUUGGUGACCCUGUCGUUUAUGUCCUCCCUGUUAUCCUCCCUGUUAUCCUCCCUGUUAUCAUGGGACUCACUCAGAAGCAUCUGGUCUUGUUGAGAGAGUUUCUCACAUGGUGUGUGUUUGGAUGGUCUAUGUCUUUGAACAAGCACGCUUUGUAAUAUAGUUUUGUGGUUUUGCACACGUGGUGUCUUAAAGUCAAAAAUGGCAUUAUUUUAAACACCCUCCUCACAUACCCGCUUGCCAGUCCUCAGAGAACCCUAAUAGCCUACACCCCAGCACCCUUACUGAAUGGGCUUGUCAUUAGAUCAAACAGGUUUGUUAAUCUUCUCAUCUCUGUUGAACACCUUUCUUACUUCCUCUCUCUGUCCUUCUAUUGCACUGUGUUUGAACAAUGGUAGAUUGAACAAGGGAUUUGUGUUUCAGGAUAAAGGGAGUCAUUUAGAUUUAGGAUGGUGAAUUGUAGUUAUAAAUGCUAGACAAUACUUGUGGACAACGAAGAGACAGAUUCAUGUUAAAAGCCAGAACAAGAAUAUGGGUAGUCAGGGAAAAAUGUAAGGUUUUAGGGGUGGUUGAGGUUGAAGUUUUUUUGUUGGCUUUUUCCUGCAUAAUUCCCCCUGUAUUGUCUCUUUGUGACCCCUCUUGCAUGAAUAUAUCUGCACUUAUUGAAUGGAUUGUACUGUAUAAAUCUGAAUGUACAUAUUAUAUCGAGGUGUGUGUGUGUGUGUGCGUGUGUGUAUGUGUGUUUGUGCGUGCGUGUGAGUGAGUGAGUGUGCGUGUGUGAGAGAGAAAGAUGAGUAGGGGACUUUGGUUUGAAUAUUGAAUUAUUUUUUAUUUUAGACUGAGGGUGAGAGAAUAAAUUGCAGUAAUUAAGUGUUUGUUUGUCAGAGAACAAAUUGAUAUUAUUUUAAACAUGAUCUUAAGAAUUUAAUUUGUGUAUGUAGUAAGUAUUAACUGGAAGAGUAGAGAAUUGAGAUGUGAAUAUUUAUUGCUUCUGAUAUAUUAAAAAGUGUCCUUGCAGUGAAACAA